GCAGUCGAGUCCAGCAGGGUGGGUGCUUGCAUCUACUGCGUUCAAGUAGAGAGUGUCGCUGCAAAGGUGCUAUCUGUAUAUAGAGAUGCGGAGUCGCCCCUCUCAUCCCCGCCCCUGGCCCUCCAAGGUCGACGUUGUUGCGUCUAUACAUCGCAACGUGUCGGUAAAUACCCUCGACCGUCAACACCCUCCCCGCCCGCCGGCACUUUGGCGAUCCCAGCAGAUAGCCGCUCAGCAGCAUGUCGUCUGACAGCGCGUCCGAUAAGGCCGUCCAUGCCGACGAGAAGGGUGUCCACCCCGCCGCCGCGGGGAAAGUCAACGACGCAAGCGACGUUAUCGUCCUCUCUCACGCCACCUUUGCAUCCGCCGCACCGCGCCGCAGGGGUCCGCUCGGCAUCUACGACCACACCGCGUGCCAGGUCGCGCUCCUCGGCUUGGUGUGCUUUCUUGGUCCCGGCAUGUUCAAUGCCCUCAGUGGUAUCGGCGGAGGUGGACAGGUCGACCGCACGCCGUCGAUCAACUCGAGCAUCGCCUUGUACAGCGUGUUCGCCGUCAUGGCCUUCUUCAGCGGCUCGAUUCACAACACAAUCGGCUCGAAGCCGACGCUGUUCAUCGGUACACUCGGCUACUCGCUGUACAUUGGCUCCCUACUCUCGUACAAUUUCAACCAGAACGGUGGCUUUGUUAUCGGUGCCGGUGCCGUCCUCGGCGCUUGCGCCGGCCUGCUGUGGUGUAGCCAGGGUGCCUUGAUGCUCAGCUACCCCGCCGAGCGCGAAAAAGGCCGAUACAUCUCCAUCUUCUGGGUCAUCUUCAACCUCGGCGCCGUCUUGGGCGCCGCGAUCGCGAUGGGCCUUUCGUGGCACUCAACAUCCAACACCGUCUCCAACGGGACGUACAUCGCCUUCCUCGUCCUCACUGCCCUCGGCGCGUUCGUCUCGCUCACCCUCAAGUCACCCGGCAAGGUCCGCAGGACGGACGGCGUGCCUGUCGUCGUGCCCAAGCAAAUGGGCUGGACAGACGAGUUUAGGGGUUUGAUCCGUGUCCUCCACACCGACCCCUGGAUCGUCCUGCUCUUCCCACUCUUCCUCGCCUCCAAUUGGUUCUACACAUGGCAGUUCAACAUCUACAAUGGCCUGCUCUUUACGCUGCGCACGCGCGCGCUAAACUCGUUUAUCUACUGGCUCUCGCAGAUGGUCGGCUCCUUCUGUAUCGGCCUCCUGCUGGACAGCCCGCGCCUGGCACGCCGUACACGCGCCUGGAUUGGCUGGGGCGUCGCGAUCUGCAUCGUCUUUGCCGUCUGGGGCGGCUCCUACCACGUCCAAUUGGGCUAUACGCGCGCCGACAAGCCAAGCGAGGGUCUCGGAAGCGAGUACUACCGCACAGAUGUCCAUAGCCCUGAGUACGGCGGCCUUGCCGUCCUGUACGCGUGCAUGGGUCUGCUCGACUCGAUCACACAGUGCUUCACGUACUGGCUCUUCGGAGCCAUGUCAAACGACCUCGCGAAGCUCGCACAUUUUGCCGGGUUCUAUAAGAGUGUCCAAUCCGCCGGCUCCGUAGGCGCCUUUGCGCUCGACAAGGACGGCGCAUCUUUCAUGGCCGAGCUCGGCGUCGGGUGGGGCCUCAACGCGGCAGGUCUCAUCAUCGCGCUGCCAGUGCUGGCGUUCCGCGUGACCGAGACGACGGACGCGCUGCAGGAGAAGACCGUCGAGGGUCGCGAGCAGGACAUCAAGCAGAUCGUCGACAAGGUCGUGCACGAGAAUAACUAAGCGCUUGUGUGUAUGUGUGCGUGGGUGUGGGGCAUGUUUGCUUACGUGUCGGAUAGCACCAGUCGAUCCGGAGCCACCUCGAGGACUGUGACGAGCGCCAAAGCAGGACAUACACGGGGGACACGAGUCCUUGCCUACACCGCUCUCGGCGCUCGCUGGGACCUUGUAGGUUCAAGCUGUCGGUCACGGGCUUGCGACGCGCCACAAAGCCUUCAAUUUGCGUUUUGCCAGAGGGUACUUGUCACGGAUCUUUUCCCAUUCAGUGUUGCAAUGUUGCAAUUAUAUCCAGCAUUAGUCAUAA